AUGACCCGACAACACGAAGCUGCCAUUCUCCCCCAGCUGGGCGGUCCCUUGUCUCUUGGCAAGCGUGCCACCCCCGAGCCCGGCCCAAACGAACGUGACUAUGGCAUGCCUCCUGUGCCUAUCUACCCUGCUAUCAUCGGGUCCGACACUGCUGGUAUUGUCGCCAAGCUGGGCUCGAAGGUCACCACGGCCCCUGGUCCAGGAAGCCGAGUCAUCGCCUUUGCCUCGUCAUUCUACCAGAACGGCUCCCCCGACCACGGUUCCUUCCAGAAGUACACUCUGGCACAAUCCGAAGCUGUCAUCCCACUGCCAGACAAUCUGUCCUUCGAGGAAGGCGCCGUCUUCCCCAUGGCCGUCUUGACUGCCCUGACUGCCUGGACCAGCAUCGGCAUUCCGCUCGACACCAGGUACACUCCCGCGGACAAACAAGCGGUGCUGAUCUGGGGCGCAUCAAGUAGUGUCGGCACGUUUGCCGUUCAAUCGGCCAAGACACUCGGCUUCACAAUCUACGCCACCGCCAGUCCCAAGCACCAUGACCUCGUCACGAAGCUCGGGGCCCAUGCCGUUUUCGAUUACAGGGCAAGUGAUGUCGUCUCCCAGAUCAUCAGCGCCGUGAGGAAGGAUGGUGUGAAGCUGCAUACUGCACACUGCGUUGUUGAUGGAGCUCUGCAGCCGACGUUGGACAUCCUCAAGGAGACCAAGGGCGAUGCACACGCCAAGGUUGCACACUCACCCCUUCUCCCAGAAGGUCACCCUACCCUCGAUAACACGCAGAUCACCUUCAACUUCCCACCUAUUGAUGAGAAUGCGAGAAGCAAGCACACUAACGAGGUCUUCAAUGGGUGGUUGAAGGCCGGUCUGCAGUCCGGUGGAGUAAUCCCCAGCCCCACUAUCCAGAUUGAGGGUGGCGGUCUGGGCGGAGUGAAUGCAGCAUUGGACAAGUUGAAGGGUGGUGUCAGUGGCACUAAGAUUGUUGUGCCGGUCUAA